AUGAAUGCGUUUCCUCAAGAUCUAGCAAAACAAUACGAUAUUAUUAAAUGUGUAACCCAAUCAAUGAAUUUAUUAUCUAAGCCCACUUAUCCUCCACCAGGACGACGAGAUACAAUAGCCGUAAAAAGAAAUGGUGUAAAAUAUGCAUUGUACAAGCGUCAUUUACUGUUCGAUAUACGGGAAAUUCAUCAGUUAUUUUUAAAUGACAAUCCAGGAGUUCAAAUUUCGCGUUCAAAAUUUGCCGAAUUAAGACCAAAAAAUGUGUUAUAUAAAUCCACAUUGGCACAUCGUGUAUGCAUUUGUAUUAUAUAUGAAAACAUUAAUUUAAUUUUACAAGCGUUAUCAAAACAUGUUAAUGGAAAUUAUUGUCACGAUUUAUCAACAUUCACAUCUCGCCUUGUUUGUGAUGAAAAUAAUCAUAAAUGUAUGAUAUCUGCUUGUGGACAAUGCAAAGGUAAUUUUAAUCAAUUUAUAACGACCAAACAUUAUUUGGUACACGUAUGGACAAAACGACAACAAAGUCAAUAUUUUAAACAAAUUAAACAAGAAGCCGACGAUGAAAAUAUAGUAAUUCAGGUGUACUAUUCGGAGAAUUUUCAAACAAGGGAACAGAAUGAAAUUCAAUCUGCACGUUGUCUUACUCACAUUGGUGAACGUCAUCAGCUUCAUUUGAUGUGGCACUUUUUCGCCAUGAGUCAUGGUAAAGGAGCUGUAGAUAGAUUAGGAGGCACGGUAAAAAGAACAGUUUAUGGUGAAAUAAUGGCUGAUAAACAGUGCAAAAAUGCCAAAGAUUUUACAAAAAUAGCUCAAGAGAAAACGCCAAAUAUUAUAUUAUGUGAAAUAACAACAACUGAAAUUGCUAAAUCCGAAACACAAUUGAAACAGCUGUUCAGCAAAACAAAACCUGUCAAUAAGACAUUGCAAAUACAUUGUGUCAAAGCCGUGAAAAAGGAUGUUAUUGAAUAUUGCUAUUAUUCAAAUAGUAAAGAAAAAUUUACGAUGACAUUUUAA